UUAAAAUAAAUAUUUAUUUAGGGAAUAUUUUUUAAAAAAAAUUAUGGACAAAAUUAUGGACGCAUUGGAAUUCCUAACGCGAAGCGCGGCGGUGCAAGACCACGUCAUCAAGAACCUCCUCCAAGUUCUCCCGCUCUCCUCCGCCACCGCCGUAGACACUCGAUUCAAGAAGGCCGUCCUCCUCCGCACAAUCCAAUCCGAGGUAUCCAACGCAACGGUCAUCGAGACGACGCUCCAGGUGCUAGAACUGAUCGAAGAGAUGGACCGAAACGACGGUGUGGAGAUCGGAGAGUUGUUGAAGGCGGCGUAUUUCGCGGCAACGGUGGAGUGUACGGUGAAGUACUUGGCUUUGGAGGGAAUCAAUGGGAAGUACUUCGAGGCGGUGAAGAGAGUGUGGAGGGGCAGAAUCGGUAAUUUGGAGAAAUCGGGGAACAGGAGCGAGUUGGUUAGGGAUAACGCCGAGUUGACUCGGUGGAAGAACGAUUUGGAGGCGGCGCUUUGGGAUGCCAAAGUUGCGAAGAGGUUGAUGAAUUUGAAUACAAGGGCCGAGGCUCUGCAAAAGCUUAGGGCUUUUUUAGGGGAGGCUUGGGCACUCAUGGGCUCUUCCUUUAUUGAAGCAGCGGCGGCUACGAGCAAUGGAGCCGGUGAAUUGGCGGCGGAGCAAGAGGUGGCGGCCUGGGUUCCGGAGUUGGCGGCGAAUGAAGAGGAUAAACUUGUAGCAGGGAAAGUUUCAGGUUUUAAAAGGUCCCUUCUUAGAGUUCAAGUUUCAGGCUUUUGAAGGUCCCUUUGAGUAGCAGGCACUCUAGGUUGCACUGCCUCUAGCUCACCUUCACACUUCUUAUAUGGACAAUUAAAAUGCAACUACCAGAAGUCAUUCUUUCUGAAAAUGCUAUCUAUUUUCUAAUAACUCAAUCUGAAGGAUAAGUGGAGAAACAUGACACGGUAUCUAGGAAGCAUGGACAUGGACAUAGGUACGAGUACGGACAUGGGUACGACACAGUAACAUGAACAAUUUCUAAAAAAUUAUAACAUGAAAUGGCCAGCACAACACCGGUUUGGCACUCUAAAUGAAAUGUCUGUACUUCCUAGCACGGUAUUGAUCCCACAAAACAGAACGCAAAUUUUUUUGUAUUUUCCGAAGAGAUAAAAAUUUGCAGUAGUUUGUUAGUUCACCCCAUAACCUUUCCGCCUUAUACAUCAACAUGUGUUAUAUAACAUAAGGUAUACAUACCUUCUUGAGUCCUGACAGUGCUAGUUCUUGUAGUUCUCUUGACUGAGUUAUACUCUCAUGUUCAGCUGAUGCCUUCCUAUGUUCAUAUUUCAGCUUGGUUAUACUACACCAGUGAUGGCGGUUAACGUAAUUAUGCAGUGAGCUUAUUUUGGAUCAUGUUUUCACAUGUAUAUGUUUUAUUCCCCAUGAAUGAAAUGUAUGUAUUUUGAUAUUUCUGUACCUUGGCUAACUUAAAUUGAUGGAAUGGCCUAAAAUUCAAGAAUGGAUAGGUUUUUAAGUGAUUUUGCUGUUAGGGGCUUACCUGCACAAUGUAUUUGUUAUCGUUGUUGUAUGGUGUACCACUGCUAAACAUUCAAAUUGUAGCCAUCUAUUUCACAUUCUUUGAACUUUGAAGUGCGACUGUGCGAGUAUGCCCUAUAACUUAGUGGAAAUGGCUUUAGCCU